UCUAUUUCUCUCAACCUUUUCCUCCCCUCUUAUUUGUGUCCCAAAAUUUUCCUCUCUAAUAUCAGAAUAAAAGAAUCAAGACCAAUAAUUUGGUAUACUUGGCCAUUUGUCUAAAAGCUUUUCUGGGUAGCUUUUGAAGCAGAGAGUGUGGUAGCUAGAAAAAUGGCAACCUGCACAAUUUACACCACACAGUCUCUGAAUUCAACAUGUUCAAUCUCCACACCAACAAAAUCCCACUUGGGAUUUCACCAGAGGCAGGUAGUGUUCUACACUUCUGGGAAGAAAACCAGCAAGAGGGGUGGGAGUGUGAUAAGCUGUGCAGCUGCUGUUCCCCGGACAGUUGUGAUUGGUCUGGCAGCUGACUCAGGAUGUGGGAAGAGUACCUUCAUGAGGAGGCUGACUAGUGUGUUUGGAGGUGCAGCAGAGCCACCCAAGGGAGGCAACCCUGAUUCAAACACACUCAUCAGUGACAUGACCACUGUGAUAUGCUUGGAUGAUUACCAUUCCCUAGAUAGAAAUGGGAGGAAAGAGAAGGGAGUGACUGCACUUGACCCAAGAGCUAACAAUUUUGAUCUCAUGUAUGAACAAGUUAAGGCUCUCAAGGAAGGAGUUGCUGUGGACAAGCCAAUUUACAACCAUGUUACCGGUCUCUUAGAUCCUCCUGAGCUCAUCAAGCCGCCUAAGAUCUUGGUCAUCGAAGGAUUACACCCCAUGUUUGAUGAACGUGUGAGGGACCUCUUGGACUUCAGUAUCUACUUGGACAUUAGCAAUGAGGUCAAAUUUGCAUGGAAAAUUCAGAGGGACAUGGCUGAGAGAGGACACAGUCUUGAGAGCAUCAAAGCUAGUAUUGAAGCCAGGAAGCCAGAUUUUGAUGCCUAUAUUGACCCUCAGAAGCAAUAUGCUGAUGCAGUUAUUGAAGUGUUGCCGACUCAACUCAUUCCGGAUGACAAUGAGGGCAAGGUUCUGAGAGUUAAGUUGAUAAUGAAAGAAGAGGUGAAGCAUUUCAGCCCUGUUUACUUGUUUGAUGAAGGCUCCACCAUCUCCUGGAUACCCUGCGGAAGGAAACUCACCUGCUCUUACCCUGGAAUCAAAUUCUUCUACGGCCCUGACACUUAUUUCGAUCAUGAGGUCUCUGUUAUGGAGAUGGAUGGUCAAUUUGACAGAUUAGAUGAGCUCAUCUAUGUGGAGAGCCAUUUAAGCAACAUUUCCACCAAGUUCUAUGGAGAAGUCACCCAACAGAUGUUGAAGCAUUCUGAUUUCCCAGGGAGCAACAAUGGAACAGGGCUCUUCCAAACCAUUAUUGGAUUGAAGAUCAGAGAUCUCUACGAGCAACUUGUUUCAACCAAAGUUGCUACUCCACUAGAAGCAACAAAAGCCUAAGAAACAAGGCACUAAGUUCAUAAUCAUAUCCUCUCUCUCUUUUUUUUUUCUAAUUUUUUUUUAACCUUUCCACUUCCUAAUUUAUAUUCCAAUUUGAACCCUAGAUGUUGUCAUAAUAAUGAAUACUCUCCUGUGUAAUUAUUUUCCAAUGUAAUUCUGUGGAGAUGUGUGAUGUAGAGAAGCAAAAGCAUAGAUCAAAUUUCAGUUGAGAUGUUCAUUAAAAACAGGAACUAUAAAAUAUAUAUCAAAAUAUCAG